ACGCCUAGACGUCACGCUUAUAGUGCGCUAUCGAAGAAAAAUUUUCUCUCAUCAGGAAUCUCUAUCUCAAUCUGGGAUUAGGGAAAAUAACUAAAUAAGUGAAAGGUCAUUAUUUUCUAUUUUGUCUUCAAUCUGUAGUGAGAAGUCUUUUAAGUUCGUUCUACUCUGACGUUUACAUAUUACAUCGUUAUAGUACUAACAGCAAAGUUUCUGAAAAAUCCACAAUGCCACGAUUGAUAAGAGUGAAAUCACUGUCCCAAACAUGUCUUGAAUUUGUUAUAAACAACAUGGCUGUGCUGUGUGAGAACCUAACGAGUGAUCUUCCUACUACUAUUAGCAACCAAUCAAGCCACAGCCCUUUUGAUCAAUUACCAUCAAAGUUCUUGGAGGAAAUAAUCAGUGCUCUUCAAACCAAAAAAUGUUUGAAACAGUUUCUUGGUUUGCUAGUAGCUCCACAACUACAGACCCUGGAUCUGAGAUAUUUGUCAAAGGAAGAUAAUUGUACUGAUUUGGAACUUAAUUUGCUGAGAUGUAUAUACUUAAAAAACCUAUCUCUCCGCUGGUCAUCUCUUUGUAAUGACAAAUUCUUGUCUUCUGUCAUUCCCAUGUUUGUAAAAUUACAAGUUCUGGAUAUUUCGAAUUCUGCAGCAGGGGACAGCAGCUUGGAAGUAAUUGGAACUUAUUGCACAGAUUUGAGAGAACUGGAAUUUAUGAAUUGCAAGAAUAUUACAGAUAUUGGAGUUAAAGGGCUGUGUGUUAGUAGUACUACGCACAAUCUAGGAAGGGAAGGGGAUAAAUUGGGACUGCACAAAUCUCUUCUUAAACUGGGUUCGUUUGGUACUGAAAUUACCAACGCAGGAAUCCAAUUGGGCUUGGAAACUUUCCGUAGUCUUCAAGUCUGGGAUUUGGUCACUGUACAAAUCUUGGCGAAAAUUCACACAGAAAAUUUCUUGAAUCCAUCUCCGGAGAUUCCAAAGUAUUCCCUGAUGAAUUUGGAAAUAGCUUUACUUGGUAUCCAUUACGUCCCUAAAACUUUUGGAUUUGUUUUGUCUCUGUGUCCCUUUGUGAUUGAGGUAGAAAUCAAUACCUUCAACCGACUGACAGAUAGUGAUUUGCUAAGUUUGUUAUCCCUUGAAAAACUCCGCAAACUGAAAUUGGUUGGGUAUUUUCGCGAGAAUUCCAGUGUAACGUUUGGUGGCGGUGUGACACCAAUUUUAAAAGCCUUUGGGAAUUCAUCACUGAAGGCACUUUCUCUAUCCAAGUUGCCUGAUGUCAAUAUUAUGGUAAUCGCACAGCUUUGCCCGAACCUUCACUCCCUUGACCUUUUCGAUAAUUUGAGCUAUUCCAACAAAAAACUCAACGAAGAAUGGUUCAAGAUUGAACCUCAAGUAUUGAAGCAACUUGAAAAGCUGCGACUUUCUGUAGAAAAAUCAAGUAUCACUAUUCCGCGCGAACACUUCAUCUUGCUGUUGUCUGGACCUUCUCUUGUGGACAUAGAUAUUGGGAGUUUUUGUCCGCUCAACGACGGCGUUCUCCAAGAGGUGGUUCGAGUUCAGAAGUUCCAUCGUCUUGAAAAUUUGACAGUCACUGAAUGCCACAAUGUGACCGAGAAAGGGAUUGACAUCUUCAUGAAUGCCCAAAACCCUCUUAAGAAGAUCGCGUUACAUUGGUGUCGUAAAAUAACGAAGAAAAAUGUUGAGUAUUGGGAAAAGCAAGCUAAAAUGAACAACUGGCAAAUAUUGAUCGAGUUCGAAGAGGAUGUUGAAGAGGACUAUUCUGAGGAUGAAGAUGCUGAAGACGUUCUUGCCCGAAUGCAGUAUGAAUACGGCCUGCCCGAUUAUAUUGUGAAUUCGGAAUGGUGUAAAGAUUUAAUGGCAAUAGCGACCCAUGGAUGCGAGGAUUGGGAGGAAUUUUUGGAUGAUGAUGAUGAAGAUGAAUUUUAGGGAUGAUGAUUGCUGUGCGUUUGAGCGAAGAAAUUAACGUAAAUUUUGUCCUUAUUUUGUUUGUUAUCAAGUUCAUGUAUCGUCUUACUUUAUGAUUUUUGAUAUAGGAAGAAACAUACUCAUUUGCUAAGUGUCUUUAAUGUGGUGUUUUAGUUUGUACUUUGUACUGUUUUGUUUUCUUCCCUCAAAUUUCCUAAAAUAAAAAUAAAUCGUGAAGUUACGAUAGUUAC